GCUGGUCAGAGGAUGGCUAAAGUUCUCCCAGCCCCACUUACUCACGGUGGCAGCGGCGACACUCCAGUCUAAGAGCAGCCGGGAUCGACAGCCAGGAGGGCUGGGGCUGCCCCGUUCGGGGUGAGGGGGAGGCCGGGGGGCCGAGGGGGCCGGAGGCCGGGACGAGUGCAAUAUUGGCGGGGGAAAGAACAACACUGCACCGCGUCCCGUCCCUCCCGCCCGCCCGGGGCCCGGAAUCCCGCUCUCCACCGCUGGAAGCUGGACCAGCCCGAGAACCCAGGACGCGUUGGGGAGUUGGGUUCACCUUGGAGGCCAGAGAGACUUGGCGCCCGGAAGAGGGUGAAGGGGGUGGUAAGGGGAGGGAAAAAGGGAAAAGGAGACCGCGAUAUCCCGGAAGGCCGCUUUCCGACGCCCAGGCGUUGCGCGCGCUUGCUCUUUAAAUACUCAGACUGCUAGGCGCGGAGCCGUCGCCAUGGUGACGCGUGUCCCAGCAACCGAACUGAAUGGCUAUUGCCUGGCAACGCCCGGGGUUGAAGUUUUGGGGCCGCCCACCUAGCUACUCGCGCUUUCUCUAGCCUGAGGGGGCGGGGGCUUCCCCGCCUCUUCGGCCAGCUCCCCGGCGCGAUGACGUAACGCCCCCAGUCCCGAGCCCGCCCCCGGGUCCCGCGGCUGCACAAAGCCGCGCCAAGUCGGCGGAGCAGCGCGGGCCUGCGAGCUCUCCGGCUUCCCUCCAAUCCCGCCGCACCGAAGUGUUCUUAAAGUUCAUUUCGCAAUCCGUGUUCUUUGGGGCUAACAAUUGUUUCCUAAUGCGGACGUAAUUGCUUCUGUCGGUCUAGACUGCAAUCCAGGACCUCCGGAGGGGGCCCGAUAAGCUCCACGUGCGCCGCUGUGGCCCCAAACACUCCUCCGUCCCACAUGUUUCUGCCCUUCAAAAUAUAACUUGGUCUUCCCAAAUCACGCACCCUCAUAUACUGUUUUGCACCACCCCGGCCACCUUGUGCGUACCUGCCCCAAACGCCACUCUGCUCUCCAAAGGAUAGUUUCGUGCCCCUCAAUACCACCUGUCGCCCCACCUAUUCUCUGCUUCCUAAAUGCGUAACUAGUCUGCCCCAUUCCGCCUCCCACAUCCCGAUGUCCUCGCCCAAAUACCUGGGUGCCCCUUCCACAUAACUCAGGACCCCACCCACUUAGCGCCAUUUCCUCCAGACGGCGCUGCGACAGGUCUGAGUCCCCUCCUAAAACCCGCAGCCCCUCCAUCGAUGAUACAGUGUGUUCCUCCCCUUCUCUGUCCAAGCCACUGCCUCUCCUGGCCAGGGCCGGCUCUGCCCAGUCUCUCUCUGCCCCUACUUCGGCAGUGCCACCCAGCCUCCUCUCCCCAGACCCGGGGAGCCCCUCAGCCCUCUCGGGCAGGCCGGGUGAAGCUCUCGGUGACCGCUAGAGGGCGGGAGAGCCCGGCCAGAGAGCCGCCGCUACCUGGUGGAUUCGGGGAAAGGAAAGACCCUAGGGUUUGGUGGAAUUUCGUAUUUCUCUAAGUGGAAAUUUCUUCCCCCGCCCCCUUCUAGAGAUAAAGUCAAGGAAGGAACUUGGGCUGCUGGAAAGUCCUGCAGGGGCGGGGACUGUGGGUUUCGGGGUAGAACUGUGUGUGGAACUGGACAGGGAGACGUCAGAAGGGUGGGGCUAUUCUGGGAAGUAGUGGGGGGAAGGGGUCCAAAACUAGCACCCAGUUUACUCAUUGGCGAGCCUUCCCCUCCUUUCUCAGCCCCCAGAGUGGGACUCCAAGCGACCCAGUGAGAAUGGAACAAUGGUGUGGAGGACCCACUAUGCCGGCCUUGGGCUAAGACUUUGACCUAGUCCAAUUUCUCUGUUACUUUCCUCACCAAGGCUGUUGUCCUGGGGCUAAAAUAGGACCAUGGGGACCCAGGUCAGGUUCCAGACUUCCUCCACCACCUUCUGGAGCCAGGGAGUGGUUGGUGAAAGGGGGGAGGCCAGUCAGAAAACAAACAGGUUGUCAGAGAGUUGAGUGAUUGAAGCCCACAUACCUUAUUUAAGGGGCCAGAAAUGGCUGGGGAGGAGGAGGAAGAGGUUGGAGGUAGGGAAAGGGAGGGGGGGGGUGGAGCUUUGUCACCUGUCACCUGCUCUGGCUGAGCCUAGGGCGGGCGGGGGACCGGUAUAAAGCAGCUGGUGCCUGUGUCCGCUCCACCUCGUGGGCAGCUCCGGCCUGAGUUUGUCUGUCUCCCCACCACUUUGGCACCACCAUGACACCGGACAUCCAGGCCCCUUUCCUCUUUCUGCUGCUGUUGCUCCCAGUGCUUACAGCUGCCAAUGGCACUACCAUAACAAUCUCUGACCCCAGCAGACCUAUACAGGCUUCCAGUACACAAGGCAGCCCAACGUCCAGUCCCACUAAAGAAACUUCUUGGAGCACAACCACCACCUCACUCACAGCCAGCAGCCCCAACCCCAGCCCCACUGCCUCUCCAGGCCACGAUGAUGCCUCAUCUCUGACCGGCAGCCCUGCCCCAAGCCCAGCUGCCUCUCCAGGCCAUGACAGUGCCUUGACUUCAGCCAGCAGCCCUGCCCCGAGCCCGGCCGCCUCUCCAGGCCACGACGGCGCCUCGACUCUGACCGGCAGCCCUGCCCCAAGCCCAGCUGCCUCUCCAGGCCACGACAGUGCCUCGACUUCAGCCAGCAGCCCUGCCCCAAGCCCGGCCGCCUCUCCAGGCCCCGACAGUGCCUUGACUUCAGCCAGCAGCCCUGCCCCAAGCCCGGCCGCCUCUCCAGGCCACGACAGUGCCUCGACUUCAGCCAGCAGCCCUGCCCCGAGCCCGGCCGCCUCUCCCAGCCACGACGGCGCCUCGACUCCGACCGGCAGCCCUGCCCCAAGCCCGGCCGCCUCUCCAGGCCACGACAGUGCCUCGACUUCAGCCAGCAGCCCUGUCCCAAGCCCGGCCGCCUCUCCAGGCCAUGACAGUGCCUUGACUUCAGCCAGCAGCCCUGCCCCAAGCCCGGCCGCCUCUCCAGGCCAUGACAGUGCCUUGACUUCAGCCAGCAGCCCUGUCCCAAGCCCGGCCGCCGCCUCGACUCCUACCAGCAGCCCUGCCCCAAGCCCGGCCGCCUCUCCAGGCCACGACAGUGCCUCGACUUCAGCCAGCAGCCCUGCCCCGAGCCCGGCCGCCUCUCCCAGCCACGACGGCGCCUCGACUCCGACCGGCAGCCCUGCCCCGAGCCCGGCCGCCUCUCCAGGCCAUGACAGUGCCUCGGCUUCAGCCAGCAGCCCUGCCCCAAGCCCGGCCGCCUCUCCAGGCCAUGACAGUGCCUUGACUUCAGCCAGCAGCCCUGCCCCAAGCCCGGCCGCCUCUCCAGGCCAUGACAGUGCCUUGACUUCAGCCAGCAGCCCUGCCCCAAGCCCGGCCGCCGCCUCGACCCCGACCAGCAGCCCUGCCCCAAGCCCGGCCGCCUCUCCAGGCCACGACAGUGCCUCGACUUCAGCCAGCAGCCCUGCCCCGAGCCCGGCCGCCUCUCCCAGCCACGACGGCGCCUCGACUCCGACCGGCAGCCCUGCCCCGAGCCCGGCCGCCUCUCCAGGCCACGACAGUGCCUCGACUUCAGCCAGCAGCCCUGCCCCGAGCCCGGCCGCCUCUCCCAGCCACGACGGCGCCUCGACUCCGACCGGCAGCCCUGCCCCGAGCCCGGCCGCCUCUCCAGGCCACGACAGUGCCUCGACUUCAGCCAGCAGCCCUGCCCCGAGCCCGGCCGCCUCUCCCAGCCACGACGGCGCCUCGACUCCGACCGGCAGCCCUGCCCCGAGCCCGGCCGCCUCUCCAGGCCCCGACAGUGCCUUGACUUCAGCCAGCAGCCCUGCCCCGAGCCCGGCCGCCUCUCCAGGCCCCGACAGUGCCUUGACUUCAGCCAGCAGCCCUGCCCCGAGCCCGGCCGCCUCUCCAGGCCCCGACAGUGCCUCGACUCCCACCGGCAGCCCUGCCCCGAGCCCGGCUGCCUCUCCAGGCCACCACGGCCCCUCAACUCCGACUGGCAGCCCUGCCCCAAGCCCGGCUGCCUCUCCAGGCCCCAACAGUGCCUUGACUUCAGCCAGCAGCCCUGCCCCAAGCCCGGCCGCCUCUCCAGGCCAUGACAGUGCCUUGACUUCAGCCAGCAGCCCUGCCCCAAGCCUGGCUGCCUCUCCAGGCCCCGACAGUGCCUCGACUUCAGCCAGCAGCCCUGCCCCAAGCCCGGCCGCCUCUCCAGGCCAUGACAGUGCCUUGACUUCAGCCAGCAGCCCUGUCCCAAGCCCGGCCGCCACCUCGACUCCGACCGGCAGCCCUGCCCCAAGCCCGGCCGCCUCUCCAGGCCACGACGGCGCCUCGACUCUGACCGGCAGCCCUGCCCCGAGCCCGGCCGCCUCUCCAGGCCACGACGGCGCCUCGACUCCGACCGGCAGCCCUGCCCCAAGCCCGGCCGCCUCUCCAGGCCACGACGGCGCCUCGACUCCGACCGGCAGCCCUGCCCCGAGCCCGGCCGCCUCUCCAGGCCACGACGGCGCCUCGACUCCGACCGGCAGCCCUGCCCCGACCCCAACUGCCUCUCCAGGCCAUGACAGUGUCCCAUCCCUGACCAGCAGCCCUGCCCCAGGCCCUACGGCCUCUCCGGGUCACCAUGGCGCCUCGUCCCCAACCAGCAGUGACACCUCAUCCGUGACCACCAGCUCUGCCUCGAGCUCCAUGGUCACUUCAGCACACAAGGGCACCUCAUCCGGGGCUACCAUGGCCCCAGCCAGCAAGGCCACUCCAUCCUCAGUUCCCAGCUCUGAAACUGCUCCCUCUGCUGCCAGCCACAUUACCAGGACAGCUGCCAGCAGCACUAGCCCCCAACAGUUGCCUGUUAGGGUCUUCCUGUUCUCCCUGUCUUUUCGCAUUACAAACCUCCAGUUUAACUCUUCCCUGGAAGAUCCCCAAACUGGCUACUACCAGGAGCUGCAAAGACGCAUUUUGGACUUGUUUUCGCAGAUUUAUAAACAGAGGGAGAGGGAUUUUCUGGGCCUCUCAGAGAUCAAGUUCAGGCCAGGAUCUGUGGUGGCAGAAUUAACUCUGGCCUUCGGAGAGAAUACCACUGCCGAAUGGGUGAAGACACAGCUCAGUCAGCUUGAAGCACAGGCAGUCAAAUAUAACCUGACCAUCACUGAAGUUAGUGUGCAUGAUGCCCUGUCUCCUUCCUCUGCCCAGUCUGGGUCUGGGGUGCCCGCUUGGGGCAUCGCCCUGCUGGUGCUGGUCUGUGUUCUGGUCGCGCUGGCCAUCAUCUAUCUCAUUGCCCUGGUUGUCUGUCAGUGUGGACAAAAGAAAUGUGAGCAGCUGGACAUCUUUCCAACCCUGGAUGCCUACCAUCCUAUGAGCGAGUACUCCACCUACCACACCCACGGGCGCUAUGUGCCCCCUGGCAGUACCAAACGGAGCCCCUAUGAGGAGGUUUCUGCAGGCAACGGUGGCAGCAACCUCUCUUAUACAAACCUGGCAGCCACUUCUGCCAACUUGUAGGGACAUGUUGUCUGCUGAGAGUCCAGCCAGUACUGGCUGCCUCCCUGGAAUUCUUCACUUCUGAGGACCCCCACCCCCAACUCUGUUCUGGGCUAGUGAGCUGGGCAUUCAGGUGGGCUGCUCACAGCCUCCCUCACAGGACCCACCAAGUCCCCUAACCCAUCUUAGCCCUGGUGAAGCCCGCCUGGGCCCCUGGGGACAUGCCAGAGGCAGCGGCUCCCAGGAGGAUUGCCUGGAAUGCUUGGAGAUGGGAGUGGGAACGUGAACAUGGCUGAAUAAAAUGUGGGCCUCCUCUGAGCCCACUACCAGCUUCUGA